GGGGCGGUGCGGGGCGGUGCGGUGCUGUGAAGGUUCCCCUGUAGCAGUUCUCAAAACACAGCGACAGUCGGCGCUAUUAGAAGCCGCAGUUCUUUGUGAGUCAAGAACAAAACGUCCAGCUGUGAGCCCAGGCUGUGCAGCGCGUCCACACGGACCGGCUGCAGGCCGGCUCAGCACUGCUGGGGGUGUUUGGCCCGUGACACCUAUGAGCGAAACACGUUUCUUAAAGUCCUGUCCUCACUUCCCACUCUGCUAAAUGAUGAAGUCGUUUACCAUCCCGUUUUCAACCAAGCUGUCCGAGGAAGAGAAGAGUUUCGGUGCUUUCAGCUGUGUGAUUCCAUGAACUCGAUACACAUUUCUGCUGUGUGUUUGUCCUGCUGAGAGUUAAACCAGGAGCAGAGCUAUGCUGAGAAUGUUUGAGCAGAUAAUAGCCAUAUUCAAAGCUUCACACCAGAUGUCCUCAAAAUCGUCCUGUAAGUCACAUUAGUUAAAGCAUCAACAAACAUUUGUGACUGACGUAGCUACUUCAAAUAGGCUCGUGCCUCCGUCAGCUCUGCUCAGACUGGAACAGGCUGAGAGAAAGCAGAAUCAGAAUGAAGCAGUUGCUUGUGUUUAUCUUCCUCCUGGCCCUCAUGACCGCCUUUACAGACACUUCACCAAUUCUGACUGAGAAAGAAGCCAAACAGAUUCUGAGAACUCGUCGCGAAGACAGACAAAGAAAAGCUGGUUUCCCCGAUGAGCCAAUGAGGGAGCACAUGCUUUACCUCCAGCGCUUGGAGCAGAGAUCGGAAGAGCAGUUCCUGGAACACUGGUUGAAUCCACACUGCUUGCCACACUGCAACCGCGAUUUAGUCCAUCCAAUCUAAUGGUCUUGCCUACCCUGUGAUUGAUCUCUUCAUGGGUGUGGAAGAAGAUACACACUGUGACUGUGCUAAGGACAAGAUUAUUACUGCAUUGGCUAUGCGCUCAUUGCAGAGCUGAAUCUCUUUGCAAUAAUUAUAAUCCUUGUGCUAUGGCAAAACUUCCAAACAUAGGUAGCUAGCCAUAUUAUAGACCAAUAUACAUUUUCCACCUGUAAAGGAAAUAAUGAUUGCAUGCAUGAAUAAAUAAAUAAAGGCUUUCCUCCAAGUUCUGAGCUACAGGCAAGAGUAAAUCACUAAUGAGUCUAGAGGAUGCUAAGAGGACAGCUUUAGACUGUCUGAAGUAAAUGGAACUUAAAUGGACUUUGGAGGAAAUGUUAAUUAUACUUUUCUAGCUUAAAUAACAUUAUAUGAAGACACAACAUUUAUGCAACACUGAUCUACGUUCAAUCACUUGAUGAGUAUUUCAUGUAUUGUUUCAUAAUAAAUGCUUAAUUCAAAUCCA